AUGGCGACUCAAGUAUGUCCCGUGGUUGGCACGACCAACACAGUCCUUCCUCCCCAACACCCCAGCUUCGACAUGAACCAACCCGGCCUCGUCUGUCCCGUCACCAACGCCAGCACCGACCAUCACCACAACCUCCACAAACACCCCGGCAUCUUCAACACAUCUUCAUCCGACGAACGGUUUUCCAACGCCGGGUCCUGUCCCGCCUUGUCCAAGUUAGUCAGCCGUCCUGAACAACAGGCCAUGGACGAAGCGAUCUGUCCGGUGGUCGGGACCGUUUCGAGCGUCCUGCCUCCCAACCAUCCUUCCACGGCCGGGGCCAAAGACACCGACGUCUGUCCGGUGACGAAUGCCACACUGUCGCAUCACAGGAAUAAAGUACAUAAACAUCCAAGCCUUGCGACGGUGUCGAAGGAUGCGGUUUGUCCUGUUGUCGGGGUCCAUGCAAAGGUAUAA